CGUGUUUAUGUCGCUGUGUACUUUUUUCCAUUGUGAUUGUUUACAAAGUGAAUCUCGCGUGUGAACAAGUAUCAAAUGUGUGUCAAGUUGUUAAAUAAUCCCGCAUUGUGUAUAAUCGCCACUACCAUGACUUCGAUCAGCGAUGAUACAUCUCUAAACUCUGGAGCUGCGUAUUUCCAGUCAAUUUUUACAAGUGUUUCCAGGUAUUACUUAAUAUGACUCAGUGUUUACAAACAAAUCUUCUGUUGGAAUUCGCAUAUAUCUGAGUUUGAUAUAGUCAACGACCUAACCGACAGUUGUGGAUUUACUGUUUGAAGAAGUGACAUAAGUUAUUUAAUCUUAUAAUUUUAAAUUUGGAUAGUAAUAAAAAAUGGAAGUUUUAGCGAUUGCAAGUGUAAUUUUUUUCGUAAAAGUUAUACUAUGUUGCACAUUAUUGCGAAAUUGUAAAACAAGAGAUAAAAACGUAAAAAAAAAUGUAAAUAUUGGUGAAAAAAUAUGCAAAGAUUCUGUUACAGAAUCGACGGAUUCACCUUCUAAGCCACCGCGAGGUGUCAAAAAGGUGAAGAAAGGUGAAAAAAGUGAUCAUUCGAAUUUAUCAAAAAAUAUUACAGCGAAUGAUGUACAAUCCGAAAUAUUUGGCAAUUAUAUAAGGUCCAAAGUUUAUAAAUCUUAUUGUAAUAAAUGUCAAAUGGUCUCAUCUGAAGAAGAGGCUAGAUUCCGAGAAGAAAGUAUACAAUCUGAAAAACACUCUAAAGACGCCUUGCGUGUCAGCAUUAAGUCACAAGAACAAAAAUCAUCUUCUGAAAUUGGUAUUGAUUCAUCAAAAUCAAUACUGCCGACUUCAGAAGUGAUAAAAACGAUACAGUUUAAGGUCGUAACAGAUUCUAUGGAAUCUAAAAAUUCGCAACAAUUACACAGCAAAAAUAUUAUAAAUGAUGAAACUGAAACAACAUAUAUGAAAAUGCCUACGAACAAAGAAAUUUUGACAUCUACGAAACUACGGUCAAAAAAUUCACCAUUUCAUAAAUUACGAAAAUAUUUUGUAGCAGGACUGCAUCGAAUUUUUCGAAUAAAAAAUUAAAAAUAAAUAUUAGUGAUGAAAAUUAGAAAACAUAAUGUCAAGAUUAACUUAAUUAAACGAACGAUUCAGUCAGCGUUCUUUUAAGAAAAAAGAAAAUAAUCUGUUCAAUUUUUUGAUAAUUUUUAUAAAUAUUUUAAAGCCUUAUAAUACUAUUACAGUAC